AUGAAAGCAUUCAGCACAUGCCCUGUGAGCGAGGUUUAUGUUCAAGAAGCAGGAACGUGCAUGCCAGUUCAAGAACCAGGCGAAACUUGUAAGUACUCAGAACAAUGUAGUGCUGCUCAAGCUGGUGCGUAUUGCUUGCGGCAACGUUGUGAAUGCGUUAAUGGAAUGAUAGUUAGCCCUCGGGGGUGUGUUUUUGCUAGCCAAAAUUGUAUCCAUCCUAAUUUUAUUUGGAUUCCUGAAAUCGGAGAAUGCAAGCGAGUGAUGAAUCCUGGUUCAAGUGGAUGUAGCCAUUCGUUGCAGUGUUCAGCGGCAUUCGAAGGUUCUAUAUGCUUUCAACAAAUUUGCACUUGUCCACCCGGUUUAUCACCGCUUGACGGCACUUGUGGAUUACGAUGCGAAACUGGAGAAGUAUUUUCUGCAGCAAUCGGGAAAUGCCUUCCGAUCGCUCGGCCUGGUGAGCAAUGUUUAUAUUCGUCGCAGUGCCAAAUGUUCCACGAAGAAAUGAUAUGCGAUCGUAAGCGGUGUCGGUGUCGAAAUCAACAAUUAUACACCGAAUCGGGUUGCACAGAUAUUUGUCCGGAUGGAUAUAUGUUGAAUGCGCAUGGAAUCUGUCGUAAGGACUGCGCUCAAAAUGAAGUUAAAUUUGAGAGAAAUUGUUACGAUAAAGCAAAUCCUGGUGAAGAAUGUAUGAUUGCUGAACAAUGCCAGAAGGAAUCUUUUUGCGAAAACGGAAUCUGUAGUUGCGUAUCGCCAAUGAUUCUUAAAUCAGGAUCAUGUGUAUUAAAUUUAGCAAAACCUAUGGAAAGCUGUGCGAAUGGAGAAUUUUGUUCAGGAAGUUCACAAUGUGUUAACGAUCAAUGUAUUUGUCCUAUAGACACAACGCUUUUAGACGAUGAAUGUGUUGCGCCUAAAACAGUACCACCGAAUUCACCGUGUAAUCAAUCUGUUCGUUGCGGUGGAGGAUCAACGUGCGUGGAUAACGUUUGCCAAUGCCCAUUUAUGCAAGACCCGAUCAAUGGUGCAUGUGAAACAGAAGAAAUUUUGGGAUAUUGUUAUGACGAGAAGGAUUGUGAGGAAGGAUCGUACUGUAAUACGGAAAAACAUCUUUGUUUAUGCCCUUGUAAGCAUUUUAUUAUUGCUUUUUUCGCGCUUCUUGAUUAA